CACUCCACUCCUCCUAUAUAAACUCUACUCUGCUUACGAUUUGGAAACCAAGUGAUCCAAGUAUUCAAUGGAGUUCUUCGUCAGUGACUCGAAUUCGCCGUCGACGUCCGCGGAAUAUGAGUUUGCCACAGUGUCGUCGACGCCGCCAAAGCGGCCGGCCGGGCGCACCAAGUUCAGGGAGACGAGGCACCCGGUGUACAAGGGAGUCCGGAGGCGGGGACCGGCCGGGAGGUGGGUGUGCGAGGUCCGCGAGCCGAACAAGAAGUCGCGGAUUUGGCUGGGGACUUUCCCGACCGCCGAGAUGGCGGCGCGGGCCCACGACGUCGCCGCUAUUGCGCUGCGCGGCCGCUCGGCCUGCUUGAACUUCGCCGACUCUGCUUGGCUGCUUCCUGCGCUUCCUCGGUUCUCCACCACCAAGGACAUCCAGCGGGCCGCCGUUGAAGCCGCUGAGGCUUUCCGACCCUCGCCGGAGUCGGAUAACGCCGCUGCUUCCAGCACCGCUGCAGCUCGGAUGGAGAGCUCGUCGGAGGCGCCGGCGAUGCCGAAGCAAUUGCCCGAGGGGCCUAGCGGCGGCUUCGGCGUCGGUGGGGUCGAUGUUAUGUUUCACGACGACAUCGAAUUGGAGAUGUACGGCUACUACUGCACCAGUAUGGCGGAAGCCUUGAUUGUCGAGCCGCCGCCGCCGCCGGCGGCCGCCGGAGGCGGAGGGAAUUAUUGGGAUGAGAUGGACGGUGGUGCUGACAUGUCUCUGUGGAGCUACUCCUUUUGAUGGUGAUGUGGCGUUUCAUGUACAUUAGUUUCCUAUCUAGGGUUAGAAAGGGAUGAAGGCUUACCUUUUAUUUUUUUCAACUGGGAUUUGGGACCACUAGUUGCUAGUUUUAGAGAAAUAACUCAAAUAGGUUGUUAGUCUUUAUACCCCUUCAUGCUAUUAAGUAGAAAAGGUUGUAACAUGAUCAUUUUAAUUGACUCAUUAUAAUGAUAAACAUUCUUAUUUGAUAGUUUUAUGGC